AGGCAUCGUUAGAGCUCAACAACUAAGAACUAAUAAUGGAAGGUCUCUCAAUGGCGCUGAGCGCUUUCAGCUUUGCUUUAAAGAUCGGGCGACGUUUUUUAGUCGAGAAGAGGCUUAAAGAUGGCGACACAGCCAAUAAGACGCUAUGCCAGAUCAUCUUGACAGAAAUUGAUGAAGUCAAGAUAUUGCUCGAGAGACAAAAACAACUAAAACUCCGUGAGAGUUUGCACCUUUUUGAAGAGGGUAUUGGGUAUCUAGAUGAAGUUUUAAGCAACGAGAGUCGUGACGAGAAAGAAAUGAAAGGGCAAGCGGCGGAAUUGAAAAACUAUUGCCCUUGGACAUGUGUUCUUGAAGCCGAUUUGCUUAUUAAAAAUAUUGAGCGUUUAAAAAAUCUGCCCGACCAGGGAGAAGCAGCCAUUAAGGUUUCGAAAGCCAAAGAGAGAUUUCAGCAAGCCCGUGAGAAAGCAAGAAGUGCUUUUUGGAAUGACAGUCUUUCAAUGUCUGAUAUGGUUCUUGCUGCAAAUAUUGGCGUCACGUCCGUGAUACUGGAGAAUUAUAGAAACCCCUGGAUUGCAAUGCAGGAGUAUAAAACGUGGCUUAAACAUUUAAAUGGCAUGAAAAGGGUGAAGGAGACUUUUAAGCGUGCAACUAAAAGAGGUGGAAUUAGUGGCGACGACCAAAAGAACUGUUUCUUGGGUGUUUGCCACAUAAAUCGCGUCAUUUACGAAAUUACACAAAUUGCGGUCAGUGGAGAAGAACAGUCCUGGAUCUGGUCCUGUAUUCAGUUCGGAGAUGAGAAAGUUGAUCCACUGCGCGAUGCGAGACUUGCGCAUGCUGAGCUGAAUGUGAAGCAUUACUGCUUAACAUUGUCAUUUGGCCAAAACCUUAAAGAAGACGAAAAUUUGAAGUUUGCUUGCGACAUCGCUGUCACCAAAGAAGGAACUUUCGUUAUCGUGGACGAAGGUGAUCAGAAAAUUAAAGCUUUUGACAGAGAAGGCAACUUUUUGCGUUCUUUCUCUCCCCUUCGUCGUCGUUUGGCUGAUCAAGAUGUCUGUGGGAUAACAACCGACCGUGAAGAUAAGUUGCUCGUACUUAUCAAGUUAGAUAAAUAUCGCCAUGAAAUCUAUGUAUUUGAUCAACGCGGUAACCUACAAAACAAAUUUCGCCUGAGGGAAGGACUUGUGCGCUGCUCCCCAAUCCUCAAUGACAAAAAUGAAAUCCUUGUUCUCAAUGAGAAACCUGAUACGGAGCGAUUGGUGGUAGAAGUGUACAAGGACUUGCAAUACGUUGGCAGCCUGGAACUGAAGGAACCAAAAGAACAAACAGAGCCCAGCAAGUCUGGAGAUACCGCAAAAGGAUCAAAGGAGCGAAAAGAUGCCUCAGAAGAGCCAGAAGAGUCCAAAGUUCAGAAAAAGCCAGAACAUUCCAAAAGCACCAAAGACACAAAGAAACCUAGAGAGCCUGAAGAUCUAGAUGCAAAAGAGCAAUUUAAGAAGUCCCAAGAACCCAAAGGCCUCACGAAAGCAAAAGACAUUGCCAUUACUGACAAUGGAAGCGUGUUAGUAUUGAACAGUGAUGGUAGCGUGGACGAGUUGAAGGACGAGGUACAAACAGAGCAUCGAAGGUUCAAAGGGAUUCCAUUAAAGGGAGUUCAAGCCAUAGCGUUCCACUCCUUAAGCAAACAUGUGCUAAUCGCAAACAGCUCAGAAGGAAUCGUGAACAUCUCAGUGUGUGCAGAAGACGGUGAAUGCGUGAACAGUUUUUAUGCAGACAAAGACAGAAGUGGAAAGAAAGAAAGAAAAUACAUUGCACCAAGGAUUGCAGUGACCGCGGAAGGACGCAUCGCCGUGCUCACUGGGUUUGUGGGCGAGAGUAAAGUAAUUGUUGUUUAGAGCACUUUUUGCUGUCAUGUAUCUUAGGAAUUCGUAUACUCUUUGCGAUAUCAAAAGACAUACGGAUUAGAAAAAGUACCAGAGUUUUACCAAUGAAAAACGAUUGAGAAGACUUAGAGUACCCAGUACAUCAUUAAACUAUGUAAGAUAAGAUUUCAACAUGUGUUUUUAACUUCUAAAACCUCGCACACUGUAAGUGCUAGUACUGUCUGAUCAGUUUCCGUGUGAAUAGCCGGUUGUUAUUCAGUUUUGCAAAGUUUGGCGUCCGUCCCUUAGAUGCAAUUUUGCUUCGAUCCGCCAGAAAUGUAGUCACAGCAAUCAAAUGUUAUCACUGUCAGUAUGUUUACUCUUAUCCAGGGAGCAAAAUAUGGAUGCCAGGAAAGCAGUUUAGCUUCCGUUUAUACAAAGGAACGAUUCAAACUACUUCUGAUCGAUAUCUCAGGAAGCGUUUUAGGAUCUUGCCUUAGGAUAAACAAAUUCACUGGGUUUAAUUUAAAACUGAAUAGUUUAACAAAUGAGGAUACCUUGCUAUGGAG